AUGAAGGGAGGACACCUCGAAGUUUUUGUUGUAAGUGCCCGAGGCAUUAGCCACUCCAAUAUUAUUGGGAAUCCAUCCUACUAUGUGAUUGUUGAAUGUGGAUCUCAAUCCUACAGAACAACAAUUUCCUCAGGUAAUUCAAAGGAAAUUUUGUGGAAUCAAAAGUUUAAGUUUGAAUUGCCAACUAACAAAUUAGAAGAGUUCAUGUACCUUAAAUUAAAAAUUAUCGAUGAAAAAUUCUUCACAGAUGGUGGAUUUGCCGGUGAAACCACAAUUAAUUUGAAAGGAAUAAUUAUGGAGGGGAAUGAAAAGAGAUUCAUUGAAGUGCUACCAGUUGCCUAUAAUGUAGUGCUUGAAGAUGACACAUACAAAGGGCAGAUAAAAGUUGGACUCCGAUUCACUCCUAGCGAUAAAAUUGUACAAACAGUGGGAAGAGAAAAUUCUCCAAAGGAAAACGGAAAUGGAAAUGGAGUUGGGCAAUAUAUAUAUAGCAAAAUUAUUAAUCUCUGGGCAAACACCUGGUGGAGAAGCUUCUUUCCAUGUGAAGAUGCUAUCGACAAGAAUAAACCAAACUAG